ACACAGCUCUUGUAUAAGUCAAAGAUCGAAGUUAGCAAUCUAGUAUAGUAUAGACAUCUGUGUCCAGUAAGCAAUCCAGCACGAAACAAGCACCGUGUGCCGCUGGCUUAAUACUCAGUCCCUGGUAAAGAGAUUCGCGGCGUGCUCUCGAAACGAACAUCGGUAUUCGAGCGAUCGACCGAGCGGUGUUAGUGCUCAGCGAGAAAAGUUUAGAUUCUGGGUUCUCUUUUAGUAAAUUUUGCUAAUAUGACAUAUCCACAGCUGCAUCAACAGGAGUUGAUCGAAUUGGCUGAAAUAACAGGAAUUUCUGCUGCACCUCGUGUAUUUCGGAUAUUGUUAGAUUUAUUGGCAUUAUCAACAUCUCCAGAAGAUAUUUACACUCUCCUGAAAUCAUUGUCGCAAUCUCCGAGUCGACUGACUACUGACGAAAGAACACUUAUAUUUGCUUCAUCUGCUAAGAAAUAGCACUUCAUGUAUUACAUCUACUAAUUUGGCAAUGGAUAUUAUUAAUCAUCAUAAAAAAUAAUCAACUGAAAAAAAAGCUUUCUUUGCUUGUCUAGCA